AGGCAUCAUCACCAGACACAACUUGUAUCUAUCAGAAAUUAGAUUUAAUCUAGAAUCAGUAAGUGGAGAAAGCUCAAUAAUAAUCUUCCUCGGAAAAUUUCCACAAAGCUGUCCGGGACCAGUUGGGAUUGUUGCUCUGUGCGAAACUCGUUUCCUUGUGUAGUAAAUCUCAAGAUUACAAUCAAGUGACAACGACGAAAGGAAGAGUGCGGUUCGCAGUGAAGAUUUGAUUCGGAUCCGGGAAAGAGUUGCAGUUUGGUGUGACUAAGAAGAAGAGGUUCCUGAAUUCCAGAGUACCUAGCGUACCGGAACAAGAUCCAGGAAAGAACGCCGACAUUGAUACGGUUUUCUUUGUGAAUCGUUCGAGUGGAAAUUCGUCAAAAUUAGUGCGGAAUCGAGAGUACGUAAGAUGUCCCUCAACGCGGACUCGCCGGAUGCGAAAAAGCCCUGCAAGGGUAUCCUAAAGUCGUCCAGCAGUUUCGACAAACAUGCGACGGUGGCCGCAGCUUCGGCGGUUAGUCAUCGGAAAAGUGCAAAGUUCGAUGAGCUGAACGUGCUGCAGACCUACCACCCACCGGACAAGGACUAUGGCCACAUGAAGGUGGACGAACCGAAGACGCCCUACAACUACGUGGAACCGGAGGACCUCGAUCAGCUGGACGCCGAGCUGCUGGCGGAGAAACUUCGAGUGGCUGCUAAUGCGAAGAGUGAUUCCAACACUGAUGAGGAAUCGUCCGACGAAGAUGACGAACAGCUGAAUGAUGAACAAAAGCAGCACAAGUUGGAAUUCGAACGGCGCCGGAAGGCUCACUAUAACGAGUUCGAGGCGAUCAAAUUGGCCCGGAAGCUGAUCGAGGAAGAAGACGAAGACGACGGUGAUAACGAUGCGUCGAAAUCAUUGGAAAACAGCAGGACAAGUGAUGAAUCAUUGGAGAAGCAGCGCAUGGAGGUGGAAGAGCUGGAUGAGGUCGAUCGAAAGAAUGGGGCCGAAGCCGACAGCAGUCAACCGACAGCAGGUACCGAUUCUAAUCAAGCAGACGAAGUCUAGAAUUGAAUCCAUAAUCACUACCGAAGGGGGUUCGCGUUACGAUCCGAUGUGAAAUCAAAGUUUUCUUUUCUGGCUCCGAUGCGCUUGGUUUAGUGUAUUUUUCAACGCAUCGAAGGCAAUUCUAUAUAUUUAUAAUGGUUAAAAUAUUACGACAAUUUUGAGUGCCUUUUUGGCCGUCUACCGGAGGCACUUGAAAUGAGA